UAUUUUGAAAAGCGGUGACCGGAAGUGAUGCUGAGGGCGAUCGUGAGCGAGCUGGAUGUUGAUGCGCAGCUCGUGAAGCUUCAGAUCAGAAAAACGUCUCAAAAAUAUCAGAAGAUCAACAGAACUAAAGCAGAGGGUGCUGUGACCAUGCCUCCCUGUGCUGCUCUCUCAUUGGUCGGCCUGCUCCUGCUAACUGUGGCCUCCUCCGAGCCCGCUGACCCCUCCCUGGACGAUCUGACCAAUAGGAACGCAGACUUCGGCGCGAGGCUGUACCGAGCCGUCAGCAGCCGGACCGACGACAACGUCUUCCUGUCGACCUUCACGCUGUCGGCGGCGCUGCUGGCGCUGCUCGGCGCCGCCAACGGGCCGACCCGGGACCAGCUGCUGCAGGGACUCAGUCUCACCGGACUGGACCCGCAGACACUACCAGACCUGUUCCAGACUCUGAGUGCCGGCGUGCAGCAGGGCAGCGCCGCCAUGACCCUGAAGCAAGGCGUGGCCGUGUUUCCGGCUCAAGGCGUCCAGGUGUCCCCGUCCUACCUGGACCUGUUGCAGACCAAGUUCGGCGGCAGCUUGAAGAGCUUGGCGUACGCAACGCCGCCGGAGGCCGCGGACGCCAUCAACGUUUGGGCUCAGGAGGUGACCGGAGACGAGGUCCAGGACCUGGUGCCAGACCCAGACCCCCAGACCCAGCUGCUGCUCGCCACGGCGGCCGCAUACAACGUGCGGUUCAGUCCGUCCUUUAACGAGUCCCUGACUCAGGACGAGCGUUUCUACGUGGGAAAGUAUCACGUGGUCAUGGUUCCCAUGAUGUUCCGGUCCGAUAAGUACUUCCUGGCGUACGACCGCUCGCUGAAGGCCGGCGUGCUGAAGCUGCCGAUGGCGGGCGGGGCGGCCAUGUUGGUGGUGCUGCCGGACGAAGAUGUGGACGUCACGGCGGUGGAAGAGGAAGUGACCGGAGAGAAGAUCCAGGCCUGGAUCAGACAGCUCAAGAAGACGAAGCUGGAGGUGCAGCUUCCUCGCUUCCUGUUGGAGCGGUCGUACUCUCUGCGGGACGUCCUGCAGACUCUCGACAUCACACAGGUGUUCCAGGACGACGCUGACAUCAGCAACAUGGGCGGAGCCGAGGGACUCAAACUCACACAGGUUCAUCACAAGUCUCGCGUGUCAGUGGCUGAGAACGAUGACAUCACAGCGGGAGGCGGAGCCAGUGUGUUCUCCAGCCUCCCCCCCCGCCUGACGGUCAACAGACCCUUCCUCUUCAUCGUGUACGAGACGGCGAGCCGCGCCCUGCUCGCCAUGGGCCGCGUCAUCGACCCCUCCAGCAAAUAACGACUAAUGGUUCCCAACCCGAGGCUCCAGACCCCCCCAGCGGGACGGGAGAGGAACCAAAUGGGUCCCGAGACAGUUUCAGAUAUCUCAUCGCAAACUAAUCGCAUGAUUGGCUGUCGUUAACUCGCGGUUAAUGGUAGGGCUGGGCAAUAUAUGGAUAUUAUAUCGAUAUCGUGAUAUGAGACUAGAUAUCGUCUUAGAUUUUGGAUAUCAUAAUAUCGUAACAUGGCUUAAGUGUCUUCUCCUGGUUCUAAAGGCUGCAUUACAGUAAAGUUUAUGUACUUUUCUGACCUUACCAGCCUGUUGUCUUCUAUUAUUUGUACCUUUACCCACUUAGUCAUUAUGUCCACAUUACUGAAGAUUAUUUAUCUAAAAUCUCAUUGUGAAGAUAUUUUGUUAAAGCACCGAUUGUAAACCUUAGAAUAUCACCACGAUAUCGACAUCGAGGUGUUAGGACAGAAAUAUAUCGUGAUAUCUGAUAUCUGAUCACGUUGAUGGUUCCGUUCAGCGCUGUUCACAUGUUAAAUUAAUGAUGAAUGAUUUUUAGCAUUUUAAGAAGAAAGUUCAUAAAAUGUUGAAAAAAGAGACAAAAAAGUCGGAAAGAUUUCUGAAAAAGAUUGAAAUACGUGGUAAAAAAACCCAAAAAGCACAGAAAAAGAUGACAAAGUGACAAAGAACAUCGGGAGAAGUUACAAUAAUGCUGGUCUCAUGGUUUUAAUUUAAAAUUUUGACCCAGAGUCUGAGUAUUUCAGAGUAUUUCAGAGUAUUUCAGAGUAUUUCAGACUAUUUCUGAGUAUUUCUGACUAUUUCUGAGUAUUUCUGACUAUUUCUGAGUAUUUCUGAGUAUCAUGUAGUUAGUUUUAAAGCUCACAUUGAUUUUACGUUUAUUCGGCUUAUGUGCUGCCAAUAAGUAUUAGAAUGGGAAGCUGAAUGUAUGCUUUGUUUGUCAGCGUUGGCUGUGAGGUUUCCGACAGACAAAGCAGCGUUUGUACGGCACCCUGGAAAAGCACCGAUUUGGUAUUUUCUGUAUUUUCAACUUUUACAUCCGUUAUAUUUAACUGCAGAGUAACAUCGGACAAUCUGCUUCCUGUUUACACCGCCACGCACAUGCCCAGUGUGUGUGUGAAAGGUCAUGUGAUCUGUGUUAUCAGACUUAAUAUGGACGGAGACCUGGAAAGCCCAAAGUGCCACGAAACGACUACAUUUUAACGCAAAUUACAUUUAAAAACACCGCAUUUUACACAGUUUUAUUCGUCAAAAAACACGGCUAUUCUCUGUGCUUUUGUCAGUUGCUGUAAAAAGUUUUAGUUUUUUCCCCAGAAACCUCACAGCAAACGUUCAGACGAGCGCCGUUUCUACGACCUUUUUCAACGUAAAAGACGCCGUUUUGUGAAAACUCACAAUACCAGCGUUUUUAACAGUGUUAAAAGCAGUGUUUUUAAAUGUAAAUCAUGUUUAAAAUGUAGCCGUUUGAUGGCACUUUGGGCUCUCCAUACUGAGAUUAGUUCGCUGCUGAAAACUCUUGUGUGCACAGAGAUGGUUUCUGUCUCAAAACACCGCUUAAAAAUUAAAACGUAGCCGUGUAAAUGUCUCUGAGUCGGACAGAGUCACAGAUGUAACUGUGGUUCUCUGAGUCUGAGACAGAGUCACUAAUGUAACUGUGGUUCUCUGAGUCUGACACAGAGUCACUGAUGUAACUGGUUCUCUGAGUUUGAGACAGAGUCACUAAUGUAACUGUGGUUCUCUGAGUCGGACACAGAGUCACUGAUAUAACGGGUUCUCUGAGUCUGACACAGAGUCACUAAUGUAACUGUGGUUCUCUGAGUCGGACACAGAGUCACUGAUAUAACGGGUUCUCUGAGUCUGAGUCACUGAUGUAACUGGUUCUCUGAGUCACUGAUAUAACGGGUUCUCUGAGUCUGAGACAGAGUCACUAAUGUAACUGUGGUUCUCUGAGUCUGAGUCACUGAUGUAACUGGUUCUCUGAGUCACUGAUUUAACUGUGGUUCUCUGAGUCUGAGACAGAGUCACUGAUAUAACUGUGGUUCUCUGAGUCUGAGACAGAGUCACUGAUAUAACUGUGGUUCUCUGAGUCUGAGACAGUUAUUAACUAAUUAUUGGCUCAUUAGUAAACGUAAGCAUCAUUAGCUAUUGUAGCAUGUGUGCUGUAUAUAAAAAACACUUCCUGUACUAAUAUUUAAACAUAACCAUGUGUGUAAAACAUUAAACAAUACAAUGUGAA